ACAAAAAACCCUUGUACGUUAGCAGUGAUUAGUUUGCGAUUUUGCAUCGAUUGGAAUUGGGAAUUUCAAAGCGCGAAAUCGUGUGUGUGAGUGUUGGAGAUGGAGACAUUGCCAACGACGUCGACGAUGAAGCGAGGAGGGAGAUCGAAGGGCGUUCAGACCUCGAAGCCUUCCCUCAUCAUGGCCUUCUUCUCUUGCGUUGCUUGGCUUUACGUCGCUGGCAGGUUAUGGCAAGAUGCAGAGAACCGAAAUUUACUUGCUAGUCUUCUGAAGAAGAAUUCAGCUCAGAGGCCCAAGGUUCUUACGGUGGAAGAUAAGCUAAUGGUUCUAGGGUGCAGGGAUCUGGAGAGGAGGAUUGUGGAAGCUGAGAUGGAAUUGACAUUAGCCAAGAGCCAAGGGUACCUCAAAGGCCAGUUGCAGCAAAGUGGCUCUUCUUCUGACCGUAGGCUUCUUGCUGUUAUUGGAGUACAUACUGGAUUUGGAAGCCGAUUGAAAAGAAAUGUUUUUAGAGGGUCUUGGAUGCCCAGAGGUGAUGCCUUGAAAAAACUUGAAGAAAGAGGAGUGGUCAUACGUUUUGUAAUUGGUCGGAGUGCUAAUCGAGGUGAUAGCUUAGAUCGCAAUAUUGAUGAGGAAAACCGCUCAACAAAGGAUUUCCUGAUUCUUGAAGGUCAUGAGGAAGCUCAAGAAGAGUUGCCUAAAAAAGCAAAAAUCUUCUUUAGUACUGCAGUUCAGAACUGGGAUGCUGACUUUUACGUGAAAGUUGAUGACAAUAUUGACAUUGAUCUGGAGGGUUUAAUUGACCUUCUUGACCGUCGCCGUGGUCAGGACGGGGCAUAUGUUGGAUGCAUGAAGUCAGGACAAGUGAUAACAGAAGAGGGAAAGCCGUGGUAUGAACCUGAAUGGUGGAAAUUUGGGGAUGAAAAAACGUAUUUCCGACAUGCAGCUGGUUCACUUGUUAUACUUUCAAAGAAUUUGGCACAGUACAUUAACAUAAACAGUGUAUCUUUGAAGACCUAUGCCUAUGACGAUACAUCAUUGGGCUCAUGGAUGAUGGGCAUCCAAGCAACUUAUAUAGAUGACAGUCGCCUUUGCUGCAGUAGCAUCAGACAAGACAAGGUAUGCUCCUUGGCUUGAUUGGAUCAUCGCAAUCACAUCCUUCAUUACUUUUAUCCGGGGACUUGUACAAUAUGUCUGACGACUACUGUCAGUUGAAGAUUAUAUAUACUCACUCUUUUCGAUUGCAUACACCCUUGAGAGCUUUGCAGACACUAGCAAUAUAAUUCCUUUCUACAUCAAGCGAUAUGUUCAUUCUUUUAGACGUCGGCAGCAAAAUUGAAAAGUUAAGUACAGAUUAACGGACUUCAGCCAUUGGAGCUUGCAAGAUAUUUUCGGAAGUGCUAUGAUCAUAGUUCUCUGUUAUUUCUAUACAAAACUUUUGUUGAUGAUCAAACAUUUAAAGAAAAGAAAAAUUAAAGAAAGCAGCUGCUUUUAAUAUAUGAUACAUGUAUCUAUUAAUCGAUUGAAGGGAGCGAACCGGAGUAGUGGUAAAAUUGUUCUUUCAUGAUUGAAAGGUCAUGGAUUCGAAUCCAGUAAACAGCUUCCUUGCAAUUAUGCAAGGGUAAGAUUAUGCAUAAGGAUUUUUUUUUUCAUCCCACAUUCGCUAGUCGGAUUGAACGGGGAAUGAUUUUUUUGUAUGUAUUAAUUCAUU